AUGGCUGGCGUCGCUCCGCCGGCGCGGAGCAGCGCGAUUCCCGACCUGAACGAGCCUUUCAUGGAGGAAGAUGUAGACGCCGCUAGGGCAAAUAUUCCCGCCGACAUGGUGGUCGACGUAGACGCCGCUAGGGCAAAAAUUCCCGCCGACCCGACCAUCCCCCUACCGCCAGGGACGAAAGGGGCUCCCGAACCCGGGCCGGACCGGUACUCGCCGCGUUCGGACACGGAGCAGCCGCCGCCAAUUGGACCAUUUCCAGAAAACGACUACAUGUAUCUGACCGUAGAGGACUUGUUGGCAGCCGACGAGAAAGAUGACGCCUUCCUGCAUAACAUUCCUCGCGACGAUUUUGCGGAAGCCGCCUUCGACAUCAACAAAGAGCUCGCCAAGAAGAACAGAUUGCUGAGGAUGAUGUGGGCUUUCCGGCAUCUGGACACGCUGGAGGCGAGAACGACCCGGGUUCAGUACCUGCGGGCGCUGCUCGACUUCAGGAGAUGGUGCUGCGCGAACCUUCCAAGACAGCCAACCGCCAGAGUCAAGGGGGACGGCGUGCUGGAACACGAGGACGAGAUAGGGAGGUACAUCGACGAAGACAUGGGUGAUCAGUGGCACACCGCCAAGGGCGACCUACAAUGGAUGCACGGUCCCUGCGUCAACGCCACGCGGAUCAGGGCGUACAUUCUGUCAAUCGCAAGGGAGUAUGGUAUUGCAAAGGCCGAGGAGCUCGAGGAGCUGAAUCCCGACGUCCGUGUCCAGCCCCUGAAGCCGACAUCGGUUUCGAUGCUGCUCAUCCGUAUCAAAGCGCUCCAGACAGCCUGCAAGGUCGAGGGGACGCUCUUUGGGGUGAAGGAGCUCCACAUCAUGUACGACAUCUCCGAGGUCCGCUCGGAGGUGCGCGCGAUGGUCAGAGAGAAGUGGCACAGGGACGACAGGGAUUGCGUCGACCGGCACCGCGGAACGCUCGGCGACACGUACACCACCGACCAGAUCCGCCACCUCAUGUUCAAGGAGCUGGCCGACGACGGCGUUCCGCGAUCUGACAUCGCCGACUUGGGCCACUGGGCGCUCGACAAGCUCGCGAAGAGCUACAUCACGACCAUCCCGAAGGCGGCGGUGUUGAGAAAGGCCGGCUACACGGGCAAGCGCGGCGACUACCACCUCGGCCGGAGCAUGGUGAAGCCCGACGACAAGGUGGUGGCCCUCAUCGCCCAGCACAUCUUUCCGUGGGCUGAAGCGGAACUGGCCAAGGUGAGCAUUUCGGACGGCAAUAACGCCGACAACCCGCCGACCAUUUCCACGACGACAUUAUACCGACGGCUGAUUGUGUUUGUGUUUGUGUUCGACUCGCAGGCGGUAAAAUGCGCAUCCGCGAGAGAGCCCAACACGGCCGGGGUGCACUUCCUGCAAUCGCUCAUCGAGUUCGGCCGCCGAAUCGUCGCCGAGGAUCUUGCGUGCAUGCUGAUGCGGGAACCGUGGCACCCGUACGUCCAGAGUUCCAAGCUCUGCCGCGACCCCGACUUCCAAAAAUGGGCCAAGGACGUCAACCGGGUGGACCUCGAAACCAUCGCGACGCGCAGUACUCCGAGCGAGAACCCCCAAGAGGAAUUCAGCGCGCGAAUCGACGCCGAAUAUCAGGUCGACCAGCUCACCAUGAUGCUGCACCGCCAGAGGGAGGAUGCCGCGAUCGAGAAGCUUGAGAUGCAGAAGAAGUUGGAGGAGAAGGACGCGGAGAUCGCGAAGUUGAUGCAGGCUCUCAAGCUGGCCGAGGCACGGCCGACGCCGUCUGCGCCCGCACCGUCAAGGCCGAUGACGGCCGCCGAGAAGGCAGCGUCCGUCAAGAUCGAGAAGGAACAGGAGGAUGACCUGACGUACGAGGUCAACGUCGUGCAUCCCUGGCGCACAUCCAAGACGGUCGAGGUUGCAUGGCGCUGGUGGAACAACCCGUCCAACUUCGACUCGCGUCCGUUGCGCGAACGUUUCGACGAGCACAGAUUCCUCGUCAGACACACGCGCAUGAUCUGCAAGGUCGAAAAGGGCGACAAACCCGCCGCGUCGGCGAAGUCGGCGAAGAGCUCUAGUCCCACGACCGAGGUGGGUGAGACGGGGAAAAACGAUGCGCUGCAGCACUGCACUCGCCGGAUGAGGCGGAUCAUGGAAGCGGUGCACGACUUGCGGCGGAGCGACGACGCCGCUGACACCGCCGCCGUCAUCAAGCUACUCGACCACCUGGGGCGAGCGGGGCUUUCCACUUUCAGCGACGCGCUCUUGGUCCUCCGUGCAACCCCGCCCAUCAAGGUCCCCACCACAGCCGACGGAAAGUCGGUCGGCAUCAAGGGUCUGGACAAGCCGCUGGCGAGGAAGCUCGCCGUUGCGUGGGGCGUGGUCACGGCGGGCUACAUGGACGCUGACUGGGGAAAGAGGCUCUUCGGCGACUUGUGGGAUGAGCAGGCCAAUAAGGCCGGCUUGGAGGCCGAGGCGACGGUGGGAGCCAUCGGCGCAGGGAAGCGCAAGAGGGCGGGCUGA